AACCUGUCAGUGAUCAUGACCAACAUCCCGCCACCCAAAAUCCGUUCAUUCUGCUACGCUAUUUAGUCUAAAUUCACACGGCCGGAUCCCGGACAGUCACCGACCACUGGACGAACAAACCACAUCAUGUAGGGUAUUGGCAAGUCUCUAUUGCCCUCGAUGAGGUUGCAUAUAGAGGAGUGGGUUUCUGUUGUUAUGGACACACUGUAUAACUCGCGUGUGCACGUACUUUCUAACAUGUCCAGUGCCGGACUAGAGACGAUGGCCCUCACCGAGGAAAGCAUCCUUUCGCUGUUGGUCGUACUUGGUAGCAGCGUUUCGUUAGUGGCGCUGGUUUUUGCUUUCAUCACAUACAGGUAA